CAACGGCUACUUUCCAUCCUCUAAACAAGUAAAGAUCUUUGAUCUCCUCACUCUCUUCCAGUCCCAAAUCAUUUUCGCCAUUGCUAUAUUCCCGCACUCGACAGUAGCCCAUAGAAUUCUCUCUCGCCGUUAAAUUCGCCUGUCUGAUCUCCCAUCAAUUUAGGAUCCCUGCAAUUAAGUCCCCCCAACCGCUACUAAAUCUAUGGAGAUGGAUUCCGCGCCCAUAAAUUGCACGCAGAGGUCGAACCCAAGCGCUGCUCUCACGAAAUCAGCUUCUCGAUUAGCUCGAAACACGGCCUGUUCCGUCCAAGGGAAAGAUCCACCACCUCACCUUUCAAUCAACGAUCUCGUGCUCCCUUCAUCGCCCAAGAGAGGACAGUCCACGCCCUCGGGUCUUUCAGCCAGGUCAUCCACGAGCUCUCUCCCUCUCCGCGAACUCCUCCUCCUUUCGCCGUCGCCUUCCAGGAAACCCAGGGUUCGGCCGGCCGAUCGAAUCGAGAUGGCGCCGGAGGAAGCAGGUGCCGGCGGGGUUGAGCCAGCUGGAGCCCGCCGCAGGUGCAAGGCCAGGGGAUCUCAGGUGGGUGGCUUGGGCUGCGCUUCUCCACGGAACAGCAGGAGGUUGAGGAAGAGGUUGGAGGUGGAUAUUAGAGAAGAGCGGGAAUCGGUGGUGGGUUUAGGGGAGGAGUUUGGGAAACCGAGGAAGAGACGGCACGGCGGUGGUGGUGGCCGGUCCAAGAAGGAGAAGCUCGCUUUGGUUCCAGCGCUGCCUUCGUCGAGUUACUGUCCGAAAGCUGAUGAUUGCGAUGGAAGCAAUUUCGAUAGACUUGGGGCGACAAUCUAUGAUCUUGUCAUGUGGGAAGACGUCGCCAAAUCUAGCCUCUGGUUUGGUUUCGGCUCCUUGUGUUUCCUAUCUUCUUGCUUCGCGAAGGGCAUCAACUUCAGCAUGUUUUCUGCUAUUUCCCAACUCGGGCUUCUGCUUCUAGGAGCAUCAUUCUUCUCAAACUCAAUAUGCCAAAGAAAUACCAAUGCAAAUGAACGAGAUGGUAGGCUGAAAGACGAGGACAUCCUGAGAUUGGGUAGGUUGAUACUUCCGCCGGCAAAUCUUGCAAUCUCAAAGACCAGGCAGCUUUUCUCUGGUGAACCAUCCAUGACGCUGAAAGUGAUCCCGUUCUUGCUUCUGGGGGCUGAGUUUGGCCACCUUAUCACCUUCCGGAGGCUUUGUGCAGUAGGAUUUUUUGCUAGCUUCACUGCCCCAAAACUGUAUUCAUGCUACUCUGAUCAGAUAACCCAUAAAGGUACGGCCAAGGAAACAACAUUCAACACCCUUUUGAAAACGCAAAAUGCAGAAUUUUGGAGACCUGGGGCUCCUGCUCUCGCAAGAAGCUUGUCACAGCAUCGGCUAUCACAGCCUUCUGGAAUUUGUCCAGCAUCAAAACCCGAAUUUUCACUGGUAAUAUACUUCAAUCCAGAUAUGGGUUUUCUUCUGCUUCUAGAGUUCCCUGCUGAUGGCAAGAUAACGGGUUUUCUUUUUCCAGCAUUCAUAGUCUUGGUCAUACUCCGUUGCUGCCGGAAGCAUAUACUGCCAGAGAUGGGAGAUGAGGCGGCGGCACCAGUUGAAGCAGUUCAAGAGGACAAAGAGGAGGCAGCAGUAGCUCGAGUAGACGCAGGAGCAGAAGGGGAUGCGGCAGAGGAGGAUAUGGAGCUAGAAGAAGAACAGGAGGAAGUACUGUCAAUGGUGGUGGCAACAGAAAUGUCGCAUAAAUAAGUACUGAACAACCACUAAGAAACCAAUGGGUGAUGCUUUUCCGUGUCCAUAUAGAAUAACUUCACGGUUUGUAAUCAUAAAGGAAAUGCGUCAUUUCCAGAGUUGAUGCGUGCAUUUUGGGUACAACUGUACAAGUAAAAACUGCUUUUUCCCCAACUUGUUCAACCAGCCACGCUUUGAGAUAAUUUUGAAGAAAGAUCCAGUUAUCCGGCACGAGCUAUAGCUUUCUAGUCCCUAAGGGUUAUUACGAUGAUGAUGCUAACUAUUCUAAUAAUCCUCCAUUACUCUUAAAUUGAAUCUAACAAUGGUGAGUAGCAAGGAGC